AGACAUGUUCUAUGAUAGAGUACCAGGCCCUGAAGAAAGAGUUGGAGGAGAGGAAUUCACAGAGAGAUGAACUGUUGUACAAAAUUAAGAUGUUGAAUGACAAAGGAAAGAAUUACAAGGCUCGUCUUGUCAAAGAGGAGAACAACAAGAAGCAACAGAUCAAGAUUAUGAGGAAAACGCACGAAUCUCACUUAGAGGCCAAACAAAACCUAGUCCAAAACUUACAAGAUGUCAUAGAUGAGCAGGAAGCUAAAAUCUUCCAGCUGGAAGCAGAAAUUAAAGGGGAUACAAGUCGCAGAUCGAAACCUCCAUCUGCAGUGAACAAGUUGGUUGAUCAGAUUCAGCAUUUAGAGUCAGAAAAGGCUGAGUUGACAGGACAGUUACUCACAGCUCAGGCAGAGCUCCAAAAUUUCCGCUCAGAGAAAGAGGAACAGGAUAGGACUACCAAAAGUGCAAUAAAUAAAUUGGAGAAAGACAAUAGGUCAUUGCAAGAGGAGGGCAAUGGCAGCACAGACACAGAGAAACAACUGCUGAAAUUAGAGCAGGACUGCGACAGACUGCAGAGGGAGCUUUCCGAGUCCUGCAGACUGCAGCCCAAACAACCUUAUAAUUAUGCUGCAGAGAAUGCUAAAAUAAAGAAAUUAGAAGAAGAAAAUGAGCACUUGAAAAACAGGGUGCUGGAACUGGAGACAGACUGUGCUAUAAAACAGAAAGAGCUCUCGGACUUAAAGCUCAAACACAAGGAAGACAUUCACAGGCUGACCUCAGAGAAUGUUGGUGUGAACAAGCAGCUCCGUCAGAUGAGACAAGAUCUCACCUCCCAACAGAGCAAAGAACCUCAGGUCCACACCAAGGUCAAGAAGGUCGAAGUCGAGUCCGAGGCCAGUAAGAAGGCACUGGCAGAAGCCAUGGCCGAGAAGGAUAAGCUACGCAAUCAGAUCACGACAUACCAAAGAAUGUACAAUGACAGCAACAAACAGUUGACUGCAGAGAAAAUCAAAGUCACUGAUCUUGAAAAGAGGUUAAAGGAGUACGAGAAGCAGAUGGAGGUUGUCAAGUCAGAGAUGAUGAGGGAGAUGAAACAGCUGGAGCAGACCAAGUCCCAUGCCGUGGACCAGGCUGCCAAGAGGGCCGAGGAGAAGAUGAUGUCCCUGAAUACCAACUACACACGGGCCAAGCUGGGACUCCACUUGCUCUGGCCUCAGUUUACGCAACUGGUGAAGGAGCACAAAGCAUUGAAGAAGGACAUGUCUGCCUUUCCUCUCCUCAUUAAGCAAACCGUGGUAAUGACACUGAAAGAGAUUAGCAAAGCUGUCCAUAAUGUCAGUGAGUACAACAAGGAACUAGUCAGGAAGUACAAGAAGGAGAUGCAGUUGAGGAAGAAAUACCACAAUGAGCUUGUGGAACUCAAAGGAAACAUCCGUGUUUUCUGUCGUGUCCGUCCAAACAUCCGUGAAGAUGGCAGUGGUCAGCAGGCCCAGUCAGUGGUCAGUUAUGACUAGGAUGAUGAUGGACUGCUGUUCAUCAAUAACAAAGGUGGAUGUGUCCAGACAUUUGAGAUGGACAAGGUCUUCACUGAAGACAGCACUCAAACAGAGGUAUUUGAUGAAGUGAAGGCAUUGGUGACAUGCUGUGUUGAUGGUUAUAAUGUCUGCAUAUUUGCUUAUGGUCAGACAGGGUCUAGAAAGACAUAUGCCAUGGAGGGACCCAGUGAGGACCCAGGUAUCAACCAGAGAGGACUGAUGGAGCUGUUCAGGGAGACUGCUGACAGGGCUCUGGAGUGGCAGUAUGACAUCAC